AUGGAUUUUGUGAAGAAGUGUAAGAGGGUUUUGGAAAGUAGCAACAGAUUGUAUGAUUCAGAAGACAGUAAUGGAAGUUGCAGCUAUGGUAAAUUAUCAAAAACGUGCCACAAAAAGCAAAGAAAUAAUACUAAGAAACCACCAAACGGUUGUCUUUGUGUCUACGUUGGAUCUGAGAGACAGAGAUUUAUAGUCAAAAUCAAAACAUUCAAUCACCCUUUGUUCAAAACACUUUUGGAAGCUGUUGAGAGUGAAUAUGGUUAUAGAAAGGAUGGUCCUCUAUGGCUUCCUUGUGAGAUUGAGUUGUUCUGUGAGGCAAUUGUGGAGAUAGAAAGUGUUGUGGAUGAUAUGGAUUUUGUGGGUUGCAGCUUUCCGAAUGUUCAUAAACACUGCUCGGUUACGUGUUCUUCAUUCUCUUGUCGUUCUAACUUGAGUUGUGCUGUCAAUUACCAAAUUUUGGUUCAAGAGAAACUUAUUCUCUUCUUUAGAAUUCCUAUGGUAAAAACUUUACCACCUUUUAUUUAG